AUGCUGUGGAGGACACUGGAAGCGAGGAUAGUGCUGUGGGAUAGUGCUGUGGAGGACACUGGAAGCGAGGAUAAUGCUGUGGAGGACACUGGAAGCGAGGACAGUGCUGUGGAGGACACUGGAAGCGAGGAUAGUGCUGUGGAGGACACUGGAAGCGAGGAUAAUGCUGUGGAGGACACUGGAAGCGAGGAUAAUGCUGUGGAGGACACUGGAAGCGAGGAUAGUGCUGUGGAGGACACUGGAAGCGAGGAUAAUGCUGUGGAGGACACUGGAAGCGAGGAUAGUGCUGUGGAGGACACUGGAAGCGAGGAUAGUGCUGUGGAGGACACUGGAAGCGAGGAUAAUCCGCUACUGACUGGAAGCGAGGAUAGUGCUGCGGAGGACACUGGAAGCGAGGAUAGUGCUGUGGAAGACACUGGAAGCGAGGAUAGUGCUGCGGAGCACACUGGAAGCGAGGAUAAUGCUGUGGAGGACACUGGAAGCGAGGAUAGUGCUGUGGAGGACACUGGAAGCGAGGAUAGUGCUGCGGAGCACACUGGAAGCGAGGAUAGUGCUGCGGAGCACACUGGAAGCGAGGAUAGUGCUGUGGAGGACACUGGAAGCGAGGAUAGUGCUGUGGAGGACACUGGAAGCGAGGAUAGUGCUGCGGAGGACACUGCAAGCGAGGAUAGUGCUGCGGAGGACACUGGAAGCGAGGAUAGUGCUGUGGAGGACACUGGAAGCGAGGAUAGUGCUGUGGGAUAG